CAGCCUCAUCCCCCUCGCUGGCAGACGAGCCCUGAGCCGUGCGAGCUUCCGCAGCCACCGUCACUUUUUCCGUAUGGAUCUGAUCAGACCCUCGGUGUUGUUCCUCCUCCACGUCGUCUCUGUGAACUGCAGCCCUGAGAUAUUAGUGGACGUUGUAGUGGAUCGGUACUACAUUCCCCGGGUUUGUCCUAGGGAGGUUGAAACAGAGGAUUUCAUCCGUUAUCACUUUAACGGCACUUUAUUUGCGGACGGGAAGAAGUUUGACUCCAGUCAUGACCGAGGCAAAGCCUUCAUCAGCCAGGUCGGCCUGGGCAGACUCAUCACAGGGAUGGACCGCGGCCUUCAGGGCAUGUGCGUCAACGAACGCAGGAAAAUCACAAUCCCCCCGCACCUGGCCUUUGGGAGUGUAGGAACAGGUGGUGUAAUCCCUGCUGAUGCUGUGUUGGUGUAUGACGUUCUUCUGCUGGACAUAUGGAACACUGAGGACAAGGUCGUGAUCCGCACCCUCCACAAACCCGCGAGCUGCAACCGCACAACUGUGGCAUCCGACUUUGUCCGUUACCACUAUAACGGCACCCUGCUGUCCGGUGAGGCCUUUGACUCCAGUUACUCGAGGAAUACAACCUAUGACACCUACUUAGGACAGGGCGACCUCAUCACAGGUAUGGAGGAGGGUCUCCUGGGCAUGUGUGUUGCUGAGAGACGGCUCAUCAUCGUCCCACCCUUCCUGGCGUAUGGAGAGAACGGCUCGGGAAUUGCGGUGCCCCCCCAGGCCACGCUGGUGUUUGAGGUGCUGCUGGUUGACUUGUUCAACCCCAAGGACGACCUGAUAGUGGAGGUGAAGGAGGCGCCUGUGGCCUGUACCCGCAGGACGGUGAAGGGCGAUUACAUCCGCUACCACUACAACGGCACCUUCCAGGACGGCACGGCCUUCGACUCCAGCUACCAGAGGAACAGCACUUAUAACACGUACGUUGGGAUGGGAUAUGUGAUCCGAGGGAUGGACAAAGCACUGCAGGGGCUGUGCAUGGGAGAGAAACGGAGGAUAACAGUUCCUCCUCACAUGGCGUACGGCGAAGAUGGAGUUGGAGACCUGAUCCCUGGCUCUGCCGUGCUGGUCUUUGAAAUUCACGUCAUCGAUUUCCACAAUCCCAAAGACCUGGUUAAGAUUAAAGUUACCCACAAGCCUCGGGACUGCAAUGUGAUGACUGAAACUGACGACCUGAUUCAGUAUCGUUACAACUGCUCCCUGAUGGACGGCACCCUGCUGUACUCCUCGGAUCAGUACGACUCACCUUCCACCACGACUCUCGGAGCUAGCAAGGUGAUUCUUGGUCUGGAGGAAGGUUUGAGUGGCAUGUGCGUGGGUGAAAGGAGGGAGGUGGUCAUUCCUCCCCACUGGGGGCACGGUGAAGAUGGAGCCGGAGGAGUCCCCAGGAGCGCUGUGCUCUUCUUUGAGCUGGAGCUGGUGGAGCUGCAGAAAGGAGUGCCCGAGGGCUACAUGUUCGUGUGGCUAGGAGACGGGCCCGACCCCCUCUUUCCUGCUAUGGACCUCAACGGUGACAAAGAGGUCCCUCUAGAGGAGUUCACAUCCUUCAUUAUGAUACAAGUUAAAGAGGGCAAGGGUCGACUCCGACCAGGGGUCGACACGGCCAGCAUCAUCAAGGACAUGUUCAACAACCAGGACCGAAACUCAGAUGGGAAGAUCGUAGAAGACGAGCUGAAUGAGCAGGUGGAGGAACAAGUGAGACGAGAUGAGCUUUAAAAGGAACAUUCAGUAUUUUGAGUGGUGGUAAGAGGCCUGGGGUCACACUGUUGUCUUGGCAGCUGUUGUGCCGUUGUUUUUAAGGAUGUUUCGGAUUAUGAAACAGUUUUCAUCCUUAAGGCGGACAAAGUUUGCUUUAAUUGAUUCUCGUUAAACACAUGAAUGACAUCUCACAGCUACUGCAGCAGAACCACAUUCACAGCACGAGAAAAUAUUAGAGUUUACAGCGUCAGUAUGUCACGCACAUGACAGAUGUAUUUAAAAAUGUGAAAGACAUAAAUAUCUAUAAAGAAAAUGUCCUACUUUACUUUCAAAACUACCCAACAAACAUUUGGGAGGGGCAAAACUUUUAAGUAAAUUUGUAGCCAGUAUUGUGCCUAUCAUUUCCUUGAUAUAAAAAUGAUUAAAACCACUGGUUGUACAGGUUGUUUGGAAACUUGUUGCUAGUUUGUAUAGUAAUAGAAAUUGUAAAAUAGACAUUUAUAUUACAGAUUGCCUUGUGGAACAAAAAAUAAACAGUUUUAUAAAAAACAAAAGACAGCUUU